CAUUAUCUGUUCACGGGCCGUGAAUCUGUGCUGUUAUCAGUGACGCUGCGCUCCGUUCACCUUUGACCGGGCGAUAAGGCGCUGCUGGCAGCCUUUUGGACCUGCUGUGAGAUCAGUCGAACGGCGCAUUCCAUUCCCAACGCUCAAGCCAAUAUGUCACUGUCACUGUCGCUGUCGUUGUCGCUGCUGCUGCUGCUGCUGGUCGCAUUGGCCCACGCAGAGGUAAUUAACUUUCACACCUGCGCGGGAACCGAGGAGCAGUGCUCGAUUGAUGAGAUCCGCGUAGAUCCGUGCCCACAAGCUCUGGAAAACCUGGCCUGUCGCAUACGCCGCCGCCGUCCGGCCCAUAUGUCCUUCAAGUUUACGCCAAAGUUCGACGCCGAGAAACUGGAGGCCUCGCUCAACUGGGUAAAGAGCGAAGCGGAGCUGCUGCCCUUGGUCACCCUGGAGAAGGAUGCCUGCAAGUCCACCAGCUGCCCCGUGAAGGCCGGCGUCCAGCACACCUACGCCAUCCAAGUGCCCAUCGAGUCCAAGUUUCCAGUGAGCACCUACACCAUACGCUGGGCCCUCCAGGAUCCGGUGAGCAGCAAGCGCUGCUGCUUCAAUAUGGACAUCAAGGUGGUGCGCUAAGCUCAGCUGCAUUGGUGGUGCAAUAAAACGCAGUUUUUUACUUAAUAAAUUUUGUGUUUGCUUUU